UUGGUGCAAGGUGGUUCUGAAUCUACACCUACUACCUGUUUUCACUAUGCAAACAAAGUCUCCUUUGAUAUUCCCAGCUUCCAGAGAUGCUACAGAGGAAGAGAAACACCUCAGCAUGACAAUAAUGAAAUAUUGGGCUAACUUUGCUCGAAAUGGAAAUCCUAAUGGCAAAGGUUUGGUGGAAUGGCCGGUGUAUGACAUGAAUGAACAAUACCUGGAGUUGAAUUUACAGCAGAAGAAAGCAAAGAAACUGAAAGGGAACAGAGUUGAGUUCUGGACAAAGACUCUGCCUGAAAAAAUCAAGAAAAUGAAGGAAAAGAAAGAGCAUGCAGAAUUAUAAUUCAUAAUAUGUGGGGGAGAAAGGGCAUGUGUGUGUGUCACAAAAUAAAAUCAGAUACAAUUGGUUUAAA